AUGUACGUUGGCAUUGACCUGGGAACCUCGGGCGUGAAGGUGGCGCUGAUGGGGAUGGAUGGAAGCCUCAUCGACACGGCGACCGCCGGCUUGGCUGUGUCACGGCCCAAUCCCUUGUGGAACGAGCAGGACCCCGAGACAUGGUGGAUGGCAGCAAACAAGGCCAUGCUUAUUCUCAAACGCAAGCAUGACAUGAGCAAGGUUCUUGCUGUGGGGCUUUCAGGCCAAAUGCAUGGUGCCACGCUUUUGGACAAGAAGGGCCGAGUUCUCCGUCCCUGUAUUCUUUGGUGCGACGGCCGCUGUGCUCUUCAAUGCCGUGAACUUGAGAAGGCUGUACCACAUUCGAGAGAGACAACGGGCAAUCUCAUAAUGCCAGGCUUCACAGCAGGGAAGUUACUUUGGGUACGUCAAGAGGAGCCAGACAUAUUUGAGCAGGUUGAUAAGGUGCUUCUACCCAAAGACUACUUGCGAUUUCGAAUGACAGGCGACUUUGCUUCCGAGAUGUCUGAUUCUUCAGGAACCAUGUGGAUGGAUACGUCAAAGCGUGACUGGAACGAUGACCUCUUGCAUGCAUGCGGAUUGUCGCGUCAUCACAUGCCAAAGCUUUACGAAGGGAGUGAAGUCACGGGUCACUUGAAGCCCAUUGUUGCCAAGGCGUGGGGCAUGAGGGAAGUUCCUGUGGUGGGCGGUGGCGGCGACAAUGCAGCAGGAGCAGUUGGUGCAGGGUUGUACAAACCGGGUCAGGCGAUGCUUUCCCUUGGCACUUCCGGUGUCUACUUUAUUGUGUCUGACGGAUUCCGCCACAACACCAAAGAGGCGGUGCAUAGCUUUUGUCAUGCGCUUCCUAACUCUUGGCACUUGAUGUCGGUUAUCCUCAGUGCGGCAUCAUGCUUGGAUUGGGCGGCAAAUUUAACGGGAUGUAAAAACGUUGCUGAGUUUGUCGCCAAUGCCGAAAAGGCUCAGGGAUUCGAUGUGACACCUGUUUGGUUUCUCCCAUAUCUUGCUGGUGAUCGGACACCACAUAAUAAUGCAGAUGCCAAAGGUGUUUUUUUUGGCUUGACAGCUCAGCAUGGUCGAUCUGAGGUGGCACGUGCAGUUUUGGAGGGCGUGAGCUUCGCUCUUGCACAGGGAAUGGACGCAGUGCACCGCUGCAACGUAAGGCCUACAAACAUUACACUGAUAGGUGGUGGAUCACGCAGUGCAUUCUGGCGCCAGAUGCUGGCAGAUGUCACGGGGCAACCGCUGGACUUUUGUAGUGGCGCUGACGUGGGGCCUGCGCUGGGAGCUGCUCGUUUAGCUCAGAUGGCUAUGGAGCAGCGCCCCAUCGAGGAACUUUUACCCCACUUGCCGCUUGUAAAAACACACCACCCCGACAUGGGGCAACACAAGAUCUACUUGAGGCGGCGGAAGAUCUUCGCAGAGCUUUACAAACGCCUGGAGCCGCUUAUGGUCUCUAAGUUGUGA